AUGUGCCCGUGUCCCCGGCAUCGCGGCCGCGGGCCCCCGGCCGUGUGCGGUUGCGGCGACGCUCGCCCCGGGCUGCGCUGGGCGGCGGCGCAGGUGACCGCGCUGCGGCUGCAGGCGCUGGGCGACGAGCUGCACCGACGCGCCAUGCGGCGUCGCGCGCGGCCCCGGGACCCGCUGCCCGCGAUCUACGGUGUGAGGUGUGGGCGCCUGUUGUGUGCUCCAGACCGUCCCAGUGUGCUGGGCACCUAA